GUUCCCAGACUGUGACGAGUCCUACCCCCGUCCUGCGGACCUCCUGUCUGACUCGGAUACAACAGAGUCCCCUGUCUCCGUCCAUAGGGACUAUGGCUUCUGGUGUCCCAGGGAACUGAAGAUCAACCCUGAGCUGGGCUACUCCUUCCUGGGGGUCGGGGACUGCUCCCCCCCGUGUCCAAACAUGUACUUCUCUCGCGAGGAGCUGCUGCUGUCCCGUUAUUUCAUCGGGGUGGUGUCCAUUGUCUGCCUGUCUGCCACCCUCUUCACCUUCCUGACGUUCCUGAUCGACGUGUCGCGGUUCCGCUACCCAGAGCGACCCAUCAUCUUCUACGCCGUGUGCUACAUGAUGGUGUCCCUGGUCUUCUUCCUGGGCUUCCUGCUGGAGGAGCGAGUUUCCUGUAAUGCUGCCAGUCCCGGGAAGUUCAGAGCUUCCACCGUGACCCAGGGCUCCCACAACAAGGCCUGCACCCUCCUCUUCAUGGUGCUGUACUUCUUCACCAUGGCCGGCAGCGUCUGGUGGGUCAUUCUGACCAUCACCUGGUUCUUGGCUGCGGUUCCUAAAUGGGGCAGCGAAGCCAUCGAGAAGAAGGCCCUGCUGUUCCACGCCUGUGCUUGGGGCGUCCCUGGCAUCCUGACCGUCACGCUGCUCGCCAUGAACAAGAUCGAAGGAGACAGCAUCAGUGGUGUUUGCUUUGUGGGGCUGUACGACCUCACAGCGCUGCACUGGUUCCUACUGGUCCCACUGGGACUGGACGUGCUGGUGGGUGUGCUGCUGCUGCUGGCGGGCAUUGCUGCUCUAAACCGCGUGCGGAUGGAGAUCCCGUUGGAGAAGGAGAACCAGGAGAAGCUGGUGAAGUUCAUGAUUCGUAUUGGUGUGUUCUCCGUGCUCUACCUGGUUCCUCUGCUGACCGUCAUAGCCUGCUACCUGUACGAGAGCAGCUACAGACGCAUCUGGGAGACCACCUGGGUCCAGGAGAAGUGCAGGGACUACCACAUCCCCUGUCCCUCCCAGGUGGACCGCACCGGUCGGCCCAGUCUGGCGGUGUUCCUCAUCAAGUACCUGAUGAUGCUGAUAGUGGGGAUCCCGUCCGUGUUCUGGGUGGGCAGCAAGAAGACCUGCUUCGAGUGGGCCAACUUCUUCCACGGCAAGAGGCACAAAGAUGGGAUGGUCGGCGGGAGCAGACCGGCCCUCCAGGAGCCCGACUUUGCCCAGCUGCUCUACAGGGACCCAAACACACCCAUUGAGAGGAAGUCGAAGGGCACCUCCACCCAGGCCUCCUCCACCCACCUGGCCAUGCUGGACGAGCCUCCGAGUGCCAGCACCAGCCGGGCCGGCUCGGUCCACAGCGCUCGGUCCAAGAUGGGCAGUUACCACGGCAGCCUGCACCGCUCAGCAGACAGCAGAUACACCUGCUCUGCCUUCAGAACCGGAGAGCGACUGCCUUAUGGAAGCACGCCUCGCCUCAACGACCAGACCCGAUACUGCAGCACCAGCCGACUGGAGAACCAGUCCAGGACCAGCAGCAUCAGGGACCUGAGCUCAGCCACACAGGCGGUUCUGAGCAUCUCUGGGAACGGGAUCCACAUGAUGAUGGCCAAGGACGGCGCUGCAGCCUGAAUGGACACCAGUCUACAGUUCU